AUGGCGGUGGAGCUGCUGCGCUACAUCGCGGAGAUCCCUUCCCCCCUCUCCCCACGCCAUCCUUUGCGAUAUUCCCGCGGAUUAUCCACCGCCGAGGUCCUCCAAGUGGGGAAUUACGCCUUGGAGGUGUUGGAAAUCGCCUUGGAUGCGAUCCCGCGCGCGGAGGAAGGGGUCCGCCGGAGCUGCGUCGAACUUUGCCUGCGCGGCUGCGGGCCUUUUAUUACGGCUCUACUGCAGGAGCUUUCUUCUACCUCUUCUUCUUCUUUUUCCCCGGGCUUUUUUCCACGCCCAGGGGGGGAUUUAUUCUUUUCGGGCGUGGGGGAGGGGGCCGUUUUGGCUCUUUUUCGGGCCCUCCCGCAAGGGGGGGAGGAGGCUUUGCUGCCCUACGCGUUGUGGGCAGCGAUUCGUCUGAUUGCGCGGAUCGCCCGUGGGGGAAAAAGAGAAGCGGAAGAAGCCAUCGCGAAAGGGGGGAGGACGUUCACCCUGGACGACCCGUCCCCUUUGGGGGUGCUGUGCGAUUAUUUUACUCGCCUUCAGGCCCCCGCGUAUUACAUCGCGGCCCCUCACGACUCCCCGGCGGAUCGGCUCUCCGGCGGUCUUCUUCUUUUUCUCGCCUUGAUGCUCACGCCGGCGCAUGGGGAGGAUUCGCGGACGGCGCCGCUCACCGCGCGGUUUUGCGGCGGGGGCCUCCACCCCGCGCAGAUCCGACAGACCCAGCAGGAUUGGCUCCGCCUCUCCGGCAGCGCCCAACGCCGCGCGUUAUGGCGGAUUCUCCAUUAUUAUUAUUAUUCCGAUUGCUAUUAUGCCGACGCCCGACAUCGUCUGGAGCGCAAAACGACGCCCCAGGGCGGGACCUCGCCCGCCCUGAGCUUUCCCCUCCCAAGCCAUCUUCACCAAGCCAUCAAGGCAAACGUGUCGUUGAUGUGUGCGAUGGCCUUGAAGGAGACGCCGAGGCGGGAGUUGGAGUGCGAGGAGCUCGCGCGCGUUUUGUACGACUACGGGAUCUCGCCCUCGACCUUCGCGCAGGUGAACGGUUUGCUGACUCGGUGGAUGGGGUUUGCGGUGGAAACGACCUCGCUGAUUCGAAUCGUCGAGGGCGUUUCGCGGAUGGCGCCGAAUGCCCCGUGGACCGCGCGGCGUUCGAGCGGGCACCAUACCGAUGCGAUUGUGGUGAUCGGUGUGAGCGCCUUGACCAAACUCGACGACGGCGCGACCGCCGGAGACGACGCGCCGUCCCGGGGUUUGGGGACUUUUAUAAACCAAACUUUUCGGCCUUUUUUGUCCUCCUCCGACCGCUCUUUUCACGUGACGCUUGUUUUAACCUACAAAGGGCUUUUGUACCUCAAAAACGCCAGGGAUGCCUCGGUGGAGAGUCGGCGUUGGUUUUCCGGUGGGCUUUUGGGGAAACUCCGGGAUUUGGCCCAGCCCGCCGCUGGGGGGGUGGGGUUUCCCACGAGGCGUAUAGUUUAUACAUCGCCGCCCCGCACACCCUCCCUCGAACCCGCCCACCCUCCAUUUCCGCCCUAA